AUGUCGUAUGACCGCUACGUUGCCAUCUGCAAACCCCUGCACUACGGGACCCUCCUGGGCAGCAGAGCUUGUGUCCACAUGGCAGCAGUUGCCUGGGCCACUGGGUUUCUCAAUGCUCUGCUGCAAACAGCCAAUACAUUUUCACUGCCCCUGUGCAAGGGCAAUGCCCUGGGCCAGUUCUUCUGUGAAAUCCCCCAGAUCCUCAAGCUCUCCUGCUCACACUCCUACCUCAGGGAACUUGGGCUUCUUUUGUUUAGUGGAUCUUUAUUUUUUAUGUGUUUCAUUUUUAUUGUGGUGUCCUAUGUGCAGAUCUUCAGGGCCGUGCUGAGGAUCCCCUCUGAGCAGGGACGGCACAAAGCCUUUUCCACCUGCCUCCCUCACCUGGCCGUGGUCUCCCUGUUUGUCAGCACUGCCAUGUUUGCCUACCUGAAGCCCCCCUCCAUCUCUUCUCCAUCCCUGGACCUGGUGGUGUCUGUUCUGUACUCGGUGGUGCCUCCAGCAGUGAACCCCCUCAUCUACAGCAUGAGGAACCAGGAGCUCAAGGAUGCCCUGAAUAAACUAGUGGCGGGAUGCUUUUCACAAAUAAUAAAGUGUCCGUCAUCUGCUCUUUGA